GAAAACAGCGACAGAGAAGCAGCUGAGCAGCACUGCAGUAAAUCUGCAGCUCUCCCUCUCGUUUCUUCUCCCUCGUUCUUCCCUCGACGACUCCUUCUCUUCUCUUCUUUCCCUAUUUUUUAUUAUUAUUAUUAUUAUUAUUGUUAUUAUUUUUUUUUGUCACCCCUAUGCUCCUCUGCAGGAAUUUACGGAGAGAAUAUAAUCUGGAUGACAGCCUCGGAGGACAGCUGGUGCUGCUGAUAACAUUGGAGCCGGGGGUUGCCCUUGACUCGGAGAAGAGUUAAUAAAUGGGGGCAUGAUCGUAGAGAAAGGAAUGACAUUGUGAGUGUGUGAUCUUCGGUGGCAGGGCUUUCAGGGAUGCGGCGCUGGCUCUCCGGAGUCACUUCAUCUCUGCCGGCCGCUGAGGGAGGCAUCUGCAGGGAGUCCUGGCCCUGGAGCUCGGCUGAUCGAGCUGAGGAGGCCUGAGCGGUCUCCACCUCCGGAUUAGAUGGUGGCAGAAGGCGAGUGUGCAUGACCAGAUAAACAGACCCAUUGGCUGUCCUGCCUUUGCUGCAGAUAAGCAGAAGCUGCAUUUCCUCCCUUUGGUUGUCAUUGUUGCUUUGUCUUUGGGCCUGUUUGGGCACCACACACUAUUUGUGGGAGUACAUGUACCGAUUAAUAAUAAAUGUAAUGGGCAGUAGCCCCUGAAUUGAUAAUGCCCUUGGACUGGACAGGCAUCUUUUUCUAAAAAAUAAAAGUAAAAAUAAAUAAAUAUACAAAAAAUAAAAAAAUACAAUACAGUGGGUUUGUUUGGGGAUAAUGGCGGACCACGAGGAAGCGGAGUUGUCCGAGUCCCUUCGGAAGGAGGAUGGGUUUUCCAGCGAGCUGGAGGAGCCAGGCACAAACUUCAAGUCUAAAAGUUUGCCUGUGUUAAACGAAGCAACGCCUCAAGAGAAAACCCUACUGGCUAGCUCUGUGCAGAUGUCCAUAACGGCGGAAGAGAGCACGGAAUUCAUUCAGCUCCCGGCCAAGACCGAGUCCUUCCAGGCUGAGUCGCCGACGAGAACAAAUUACCUGCCAAAACCGGGCAAGUCUGCGCUGAACAGGCCGAGCUCGUACAUGGAGAACACGGAGAUCCGUAGGAGUAAAAACGUGGCGAGGAGGAAGCCGCCGGGGUUUUUUGCUUCCAGGCUAGCUCAGCUCCGUCUGCCCACCAGGAAGUACCUGAGCGUGAUCUUGCAGGACUCCCGCUGCUUCUUGUUCUGCAUGUGCUACCUGACGUUCAUCCAGUCCCUCAUGGUGUCCGGCUACCUCAGCAGCGUCAUCACUACCAUAGAGAAGAGGUACAGCUUGAGGAGCUCGGAAUCGGGCCUGCUUGUUAGCUGUUUCGACAUCGGCAGCCUCGUGGUGGUCGUCUUCAUCAGCUACUUUGGUGGGCGGGGCCAGAGGCCUCGGUGGCUGGCGGUGGGAGGGGUUUUCAUCGCGGUGGGCGCCGCCCUCUUCUCCUUACCUCACUUCAUCUCUCCGGCCUACCAGAUCCAGGAGGUCAACUCGUCCUUGGCCAACGAGGGCCUGUGCAUGAACAGCAACGGCAGUGGCAGGGACCGUGUCGACAUCACUUCCUGUCCUAGAGACCAGGAGGGCAAUGAGCACAACCUUUACGUGGCACUGUUCAUCAUCGCUCAGAUCCUGGUGGGCAUGGGAUCCACGCCCAUCUACACACUGGGACCCACCUACCUGGACGACAACGUCAAGAAGGAGAACGCCUCGCUCUAUCUAGCCAUCAUGUAUGUGAUGGGAGCACUGGGCCCAGCGGCUGGUUACCUGCUGGGGGGGGUCCUAAUCGGCUUUUACGUGGACCCCAAGACUGUUGUCAACAUCGACCAGAGCGACCCUCGCUUCAUUGGCAACUGGUGGAGCGGGUUCCUGCUGUGCGCCGUGGCCAUGCUGCUCGUCAUCUUCCCCAUGUUCACUUUCCCCAAGAAGCUGCCUCCCCGACACAAGAAGAAGAAGAGGAGGAAAAAGCUGAGCCUGGACGACCUUUCCAGUGACGACGACGUGCUCAAGGAGAAGAGCAACAACAGCAAGAGCCAGACGGUCACCUCGUCCAUGGGCUUCGGCAAGGACAUAAAAGACCUGCCCAAAGCUGCUGUGAGGAUCCUCAGCAACGUGACCUUCCUGUUCGUCAGCCUGUCCUACACGGCGGAAAGCGCCAUCGUCACCGCUUUCAUCACCUUCAUCCCCAAGUUCAUCGAGUCUCAGUUUGGGAUCCCGGCCUCCAGCGCUAGCAUCUACACCGGUGUGAUAAUCGUGCCCAGCGCUGGCGUGGGCAUCGUUCUGGGCGGCUACAUCAUCAAGAAGCUGAAGCUGGGAGCUCGCGAGUCCGCCAAGCUGGCCAUGAUCUGCAGCGGCGUCUCUCUGCUCUGCUUCUCCACGCUGUUCAUCGUGGGCUGCGAGAGCAUCAACCUCGGAGGAAUCAACAUCCCGUACACCACCGGACCUACGCUCACUAUGACCCAGAGGAACCUGACCGGAGGUUGUAACGUCAACUGCGGCUGUAAAAUCCACGAGUACGCUCCGGUCUGUGGAUCUGACGGCAUCACGUACUUCAACCCCUGCCUGGCCGGCUGCAGCAGCGUGGCCAACGACAGCACCGGGAUCCGUAACUACUCGGACUGCGCCUGCGUCCAGAGCCGACAGGUCAUCACGCCGCCGUCCAGCGGUCAGGGCGGCAACCAGCUGCAGCUCGUCAUCGUCAAGACCUACCUGAACGAGAACGGCUACGCCGUGUCGGGGAAGUGCGACCGCACCUGCAGCACCCUCAUCCCCUUCCUCAUCUUCCUCUUUAUCGUCACGCUCAUCACCGCCUGCGCCCAGCCCUCCGCCAUCAUCGUCACCCUCAGGUCUGUAGCGGAGCAGGAGAGGCCGUUCGCUCUGGGAAUGCAGUUUGUUCUCCUCAGGACUCUCGCCUACAUCCCGACCCCCAUCUACUUCGGCGCCGUCAUCGACACCACCUGCAUGUUGUGGCAGCAGGACUGCGGCGUCCACGGCUCGUGUUGGGAGUACGACGUCACCUCGCUGCGGUUCGUCUACUUCGGCCUCGCCGCCAGCCUCAAGUUCCUCGGCUUCCUCUUCAUCUUCCUCACCUGGUACUCCAUCAAGUACAAGGAGGAGCGGGUGGAGCGCUGGCUGAAGCGCCACCUGUCGCCCGCCGACACCGUGGGCAGCCUGGUUUGCCACCCGGGCGGCCACAAGGGCCACGCCCGCACCCGCUCCUGCCCCGUCAACAUCCCGCGCACCGACCCGGCCGCGCUGCCCGCCAACGGCCCGCUGCGCGCCGGCCCCCUCAACCGCGGCGUCAGCACCCAGAGUUGCCCCGGCAACGAGCUAAAAGCAAUAACUCCUCCUCCUCCACCGCCUCCUCCUCCUCCAUCUUCUUCGGUGGGUUCCCCCGCCCCGGCUCGGUCCCUGGAACACGUUUCAGUCCGGGUCUGAUCGAGGCCGGAUUUCUAAGUUUAGUCGGCAUCACUGAGAGGGGGGAGGGGAGGGAGGGAUGGAGGGGUUGUUUAUUCCGACCGGACCCUGAGACCAGUACCAGACAUGAAUAAAUAAAAAAAACAAAAAAAAAAACAAAUCAAAUCUGCCAGGGUGGUGGAAACGUCAGUGAGUGGACGAAGCUUUGGAUGGAGGACAGUUCAUCACCCCCCCCCCAACCCCCCCACCUCCCCUCCCCUCGCCCCACCCUCUCCCUCCCUCCCUCCCCCCCCACCUCGGCAGUAUGUGCCUUCUGUCUCCACCGUCCUCACAUGGACACAACAAAACACACAGGAGGAGGAAAAGAGUCCCUGAACGGAUACCUCAGCAUCACCGGUCCUCCUCCUCCUCCUCCUCCUGCUCCUCCUCCUCCUCACGGCUCUGUGAUUCUUCUUCUUCUCCUUCCUCUUCUCGUCUUUCCUCUCCGUCUCCUCCUCCUCCUCCUCCUCCUGCUUCUUCUGUUCUUUCUUUCAUUUCUUCACCGUGGUGUGAACACGUUUCUCUUCUCUACAUAUCGCCGCUCUCUCUCUCUCUUUCUCUCUUAAAAAAAAAUAAACAACAACAACAACACAAAGGCAACAAAAAACCAAACCUAAGGAAAUGUGAUACAUUCAGAUGAAGUGUUAGGAACUGGAAACCGAUGGCAUGGUGCUACGUGUAAAAAAAAAAUAAUGUGUAGAGUCCUUUUCUUUUCUUUUUCCUGUUCUUUUUGGUCGUAUUAUUAGUUUGUUUUUACGGUUGAAAACACUUGAAAGAAGAACCAGACUGGACCACAGGUCACCUCCUCCUCCUCCUCCUCCUCCUGACACAAUCACUCGUAGUGUCACAGCUGGAAGUCGGAUUAUUCGGGUUUGCCAGUUCCAUACAACACAUCCGUACAUCCGACUGAUAAGUGGCUUAACCUCAAAAUGCAUUUUUCUCCCAGACGAGUCUUCAAGAAUCCUCGGAAAAAAAUAAAUAAAUAAAUAAAAAUAACGGACAUUUGUCCUCAGAUAAAGGAGUAGUUGACCACGCUGUAGCGUCGUAUUCUCUCCCUACGCUCCUCCUUAUUUAAUGGUAACGGUCAUCUGGUCUGAAACAAGAAGAUUAGCAGCAAAAAAAAAAAAAAGAAAAGAAAAAUGAGCUAAAUCCCUGGUGCCGUGCAGCAGAUGCGUCAAUCGGAAUUUAUUAUUCUGUUCACGCCUUGUUUCACCCCAAACCCAAACAGUCACAUGACCAGAAACUUAAAUUGUUAAUUUGGUGGCUCAGGUGGCUCAAUGAAGAGUAUUCACCAGUGACUACAGGUAAACAUAAAGAUGGUUACUGUCAUUGUAGCAGAGCAACAACAAAAUUGGUGUGAAAUAAACAGGAGACUUCAAAAUAAAACACAACAACUGACGAUAAUUAGUGCAACAAUCAGUCAGUAAAUAUUAAUCCCAUUAAUAGCAUUCAAUUCAUUUAUAACCUGCCUCUAAAAGUGAGUUUACUACAAAAUAAAUUAGAAUUUUUGAGCAGCAGGAGUUUUCUGCAAUAUUUUAGUUUAUUUUUAAUAAUUGGAUGACAUGGCCGAGGUUUGAUCAGAUUAUGUAAUUAUUCACUUGGAAUUUAUUUUAUUUUUUAAAUUAUUUUUAUGGAACACAAAACAAGUGUCAAUUCCCCCCUCCAAAAUAAAUAAAUAAAAUAAAAAAAUUAUAAUAAUAAUUCAAAAAAAUCAGGACGAUAGAAAGUAUUCACCAAUGGUGAAUCUGCCUCUAAACAUUUUGUUUAUUUCUCCAUUAGUUGACCAUAAAAACCCAUUAUUCCUAACUAGUAUCAGAGUUGUGAUCAGCCCUCUGGCGACACCUGUUGGCUGGAUGAGGAACAGCAGCCUGGUCCUGGUUAUAUCCUGGUAACAUUUAGUAAAUAAUGCCAAUAUAUAAUAAAACAAACACCUCUGUGUCUAUUGGAUCAUCCUCCAACCAAUUAGACCAUUUUACUGUGAAGCAACUCAACUCCCACACACACACAAAUGACACGCAUUUUUCCCAAAUUAACAGUAAAAUAACAAAAGCAAAUGAUAAUUACUAAUAACUGUGUCAUAUUCAUGUGCACCAAUCAGCCACAACAUUAUGACCACUGACAGGAGAAGUUAACAACAUUUAAACCAUCUUCUGACAAUUCAGUGUUCUGCUGGGACAUGUAGCACCCACCUAGACCAGAUCAGACACCCCCACCCCAUAGCAAUGACACUCCUUGGCCUCCAAAUUCACUAGAUCCUCCCUGAGACCCUGCGUCCUCAUAUGUGGACAUUGAGUUUUGCAAAUUCUACAGUUGAAACUCGUUUAUUUAUGCUUAUUGGUUUGAUAUGAUGCAAAAAUUAAACAAAUUCUGUCAACAGUAACGAGCAACGACGCCACUAAUUAGCAAGAAGUUUGAGAUUUUGUCACUCACUGGUGACUUUAUUGUAAUAUAAAGCAAAAUAAUCCCUGUGUCCACAUAUGAGGACGUAGUUUAUUUUUCAAAAACAACUUCCCGUUCGAAGGUGAUGCUUAAUUUUCAUACAUCUUGGUUCCUGCUAAUCCCGAAUACCUUGGAGAAAUUAAAAAUGUAUCACAAAUAAAUCAACCCUCAUUACGUAAUCUCCUGCAACAGAAUAGAAUAAUCCCAGGUGUCUUGAAAGGUUUUUUGUGUUGACCUGGCCUCCAGAUUCACUUGAUCUGUUCUAUCCGAAUGAUUUCAUUUGAUUUCACUGGUGCACCUCAUGAAGUGAGAUUGUAGUUCCUUAUUUUAAGGCAGAUUUAGACGUUUAAAGCGUGAAGAUUUAUUUCCAUCUAUACGUAGAGAUGAGGUGCACUGUGUUUUCUAGUAUUUGUAAAUGUCCUCAAAGCCGCCUUAAGUGAUAUCAAAAGUCAUGUUCGGUUGAGGAAAACUCGGUCGUCGUCUGUUUGGAGACGACUCAAGGUGAAAAAGAGAAACAUUCGCUGAGGUUUUGAAGCUUUUAAAUUACUUUGGUGAUGGUGAACGUCCACGCAGACAGAGUGGAGCUCACGUCGGAUGCAAUAAAAAUCCAUUUCGGGGUCACGUUUAGGGGAGAGAACAACACAGUAGAGACAGUAGAGUAGAGUCACAACACAUUCCAUCUUCAUGUACAGGAUUUAAAAAAAAAAAAUAAUAAUAAUCACAACCGUGUCAAAUCUCAUCGCUUCUUAAACUGCCGUUUGGUUUCUGUCCGUCGCCACAAACCGAGAGGAUGAAAGUUUAGAUUUAGACGCGUCCCCUUUUAGCCAUGGGGACUAUUUGUCACGGCGGAUGUUGUUUUGUCGCCAAAGUGUGUGCUUUUAUAUAGUUAAUUGUGCUUUGGAUACAUAAUACUUGUCAGAGAGAUGUUUAUGGGAAUUCUUGACUGUAAGACUCUUGACACGUGGUCACAUUCAAAGGUUUGAAAAACAAGAAAAAUGCUGAGAUGGGCCAACACACAGGAACGUUCCUAGCAUGUAGCUGCAGCCGAAACAACAAAAACUGGAAUUUAGUAGUUUUCUGUACAGAUGAAACGUCUCCACUUCCUCCCAUCGCUCAGAGCGGAGGCUAGAUUCCUGGAGACACGGGCGCCGCCAUUUUUUUUCUGUACUGUCUUGACAGUAAAGCCACGUUAUCUAUGACACGCCCACACUUCCUCUAGACUCACUGCUGAUUGGUUUGGCCUUUUUUUUCUUCUUUUUUUUUUUUAAAGGGGAAAUGAAGCACUCAAUCAAGUUCCGCGCUUAGCAACAAUAUAUAACACUACUGACAAAUGUUAGCAUAUAAUGUGCUUUUGUAGGGCGCCGCCAUCUUUCCGUACUGUGGCCAGUGAUGUCAUGGGGUUGGUGGUUCCCAUGAAAGAUAGAUAGCGGAAGUUUUAGUCAGAUAUAUGUAGCGUGGACUUGUUUUAUAUUUGAACGUUUGGCUACAGCUAGCUUAGCUUACCUGCUACUAACUUUCCGUGAAAGCAUCGCCACUUGCAACAUGUCCACGUCCCGGUGUAUAAUAUAAUGUGGACAGUAGAGGACAGACUGUGGAUUAAAUGGAGUCUGAAACAACUCCCUAAACCACGGCUCAAAAUCAUAACCAAUAGGAUUUAUACUGGACUCAGUAUGUCUUUCCAUUUCAUCCUCGUCCAUUUUCAACAGCGUGCAGAGGGAUCCAGCCAACUCUGUGACGUAUUUUGUUAUGUCAUUUCAAAAUGGUGACUCCCUAGGUGGAAAUGACGAAAAAAAAUAAACAUCUUAAAUUUUAUUUCGGGUAUAGUUUGCGGUACAAGGACCAACAAAUAUAAAGUUGUGACUCGUCAAUAAAACUGCAAAGGUCCCUCAUGGAAGGGGCGGGGCUUAUAUGACAUACUGCAGCCAGCAGCCACCAGGGGGAGCUCUACUUGCUUUGGCUUCACUUUAGAGGAGAUGUCAUGACGUUUUUCUUUUUAAUUUUUUUUUUUUUUUUUAGUCUAUGGCACUGACGACUCACAGCGAGAAGGUUUUGCUUGAGUUUUUACCACAUUUUCCAAAGCAUUCAACGAGCCUCCCCUCAAAAGACCCAUACAGGUUUUAUUACCUGCUAAGCUAAUGCACUAAAUUCAGUCAAUUUAACCUUAAAGAAAUAUCAGGAUUUCUGGAUAUUUGUUUUUUUCACAGGUCUGAAGAAGUAUUUUAGACAAGAGUGCAUAACAGAAAUGGAGAAAUAAAUAAAUAUUUCAUCCUCCUGUUUGUGAUUCCUGCCGUUCAUCGCUUUAUGUCCUCCUCUGCUCCUUGUCCCGUGGACGGAGGCUGGUUUCUGGUUUCACCAAGUCCAGACUGACCACAGACUUGAUUGUGGAUCUGUAUGAGCUCCUUGAGGCAGAUGUAGGUUAGCGGUUUUAUCACCUUCUCUUCUUUCAUUCUUUUUUUUUUUUUUUUUAAAGCAGUAUUGUAUUUAUUUUAAAUCAACAGUGUUUCCGACGGACUGAUGAGAGGCAACAUGUAGAUUUGUGGACACACUGUUUACAGAUGCCUUGGAUACUUGACUUCUGACAGUAAAAAUGUGAAAAAAAAUAAAAUAAAAUAAAACUUACAGAAACUGUG